GCGGAUCUAUUCUCCCUUUAACGACUACUUGACAUCUUGCACGCGAUCAGGUGCAAGUGAUCGUUCUCGGUAUAAGGUCUGAACUUCCCUAGUCCUUCCUGCUUUCCCCUCCCUACUCAGCCUCCUCCUCUUUCGUUCUCUCCAGCAAGCCACCGUACACCAAAGUCACUCCAAUGUCUUCGCUCGUUGCUCCACCCAGGAACGCCGUCGACGUGUUUCCGCAGUACGUCAGCAUCCCAACCCUUGACUCUCCACCUGCCGGUCGACCUCGAAAAGGCACGCACGAUCGCUCUUCGUCAACAUCGAUGCCAGCAACGCCUUCAACGACAAUGAAGUCUCGACCUAAACUCAAAGAAAGCUGCGAUCACUGUGCCAAAGCCAAAGUCAAAUGCAACAAAGAUCAGCCCACCUGCUCACGCUGUCGAGAUCGUCACCUACACUGUGGUUAUUCGUAUAGCAGGCGCGCGGGCCGUCGUCCUGGAAGAUCCGAUUCUAUCACCCAACCGACAUCACCAGAGUCUUGCUCUCUGGCAUCGCCGACUGCUACAUCAAGUUCAACGCCGAACUGGUCGAGUAACGGUAUGCCGUCUUCAUCGUCGAUGGCAGAGAUCAUCAGUACUGCUGCAGGCAGCGUUGAUUCAUAUCCGGCAUCUCUCGCCUCGCCAUACAUGUCGCCAUAUAUGAUGCCGACGGUUCCCACUGAUCAAUUUGGCGGUUACCUCGAUGGUUACAGUGUAUCAUCAUCGCCAGUCAAUUCAACUUUCGGCUUCGGCUCCCUCUCCGUCGAUCAUUCACCCACGAUGACGGCAUCAUAUUCCUCAAGUGCAGGCGCACAAAAUCCAACGUUGCAUGGUGUCAAUGCAUUUCAUGUAGCGGGUGCUUCUGGAAGCGCCUUUGACUCUUCCCGCACAGAUAUACCUGGACACCCCAUGACGUUCACCAACACUGCCAUGCCCGUGAUACCACCUACAACAAACUCAGCAUUGCUCCCGGAAGCGUGGCUCAGAGAUGGUCAACCGGCUGCUGCAACGACUUUGGAAUGCCGCUUUGCGCAGACCGGCGAGACCUGUGUUGCGAGACUAACCAAGGCUCUGUCAACGCAGGCCACAAGCUCUACUGAGCCCAGCACCGUCGCGGAUUUAAUGGCUGCCAAUCGAUCAAUCCUGCACAUCGCCGUUAUGAUCCUGUCCUGCUCUUGCGCGAGUCGGAAUCCGCAACUACUGAACUUGCUUGUCUAUGCCGCUCGUAUCAUAAUUACACGUUACGAAAUUGGCGCAAGCAGUGGUAUCGCAUCGGGCAAUCUCCUCGGAGACAUUCCAUACCUCGAACGAUUCCUCUCGAUUCUCGCCGAGACAUUGACGCGCUCCGGAGAUGCCUGGGCAGCAGCUUCAUUAGACUUUGGAAAUGGUCCUCAACAUCAUCGGAGGUCGUUGUCCUCUUUCUCAACAAUACCCGCUCCACUGGUGGAGGUCUGCACCCGAACAUUGGCCUUGAAGGCACUUUUACGUCAAAAUCUGGUUGCGGCUACGGUCUGAGGGUGGCUGCACAGUAUUUCCUUUCAACACCUGUGAUAGACGUUUUGUUUCUCGAGCGCUUUUUGGGGCUCAUGAUGGAGUUCUCUGUGCAUUAUCGUGAUGGCCGGCGCUUGGGCUUUCGGGCGGGUACUCGGCGCGAAGGAUUCUCUGCUGGCAAGCGACAAAAUUAAAGCCGCUUUGGGAAGAAGGAUUCUGUUUGGAAAAAAAUGAAUGUCUUGUAAGCGGGAGCGCGGAA